AUGGAGCCUCUAGACAGGGAAGGUGAUCUCCAUAAGGAAAAUGCUGCUUUGUCUGAAAGCAGCAGCCCAGAAGAUGUCUUCAGUUCCUCUGAAAUGCAGACAGUACCAGUUUGUAUGGACACCAUCUUGCCACCAGAGGACUACAUUUUCAGACGAGGUUACACAGAGUUUUCACCUCUGAGGCUUCCUAGAGAGGACUGCAUUGAGAUUCACCAUGCACCUUACCAGUUCAACCGGGCCAGAAUUUCCACUUCUCCAACUUUAAGAUCAGCCGAGCGCAGGUAUAUCUCCCUGGUAGUGAGUCUGCUGGGACUCGAGGCAUUCCCUGGAGACCUCCUGGUGCCAGACAGUGCCACGGACUACCUGCCCUACUCAUCCUUCCUGCUCAGUGCAGAAUCCAAAAAGUCAAGGUGGCCAUUUGCCAAAAGAGGAGUUGGUGAAGACAAACAGAACCAAGCAUCUGAUCUGGAAAAUUGUCUUUCAACUGUUAAGAUCAUAGACUGCUGCACAGAUGAAUUUUUCUGCUUUAAGGCAUCAAAACACUCAGUAUACUGUAUCAAGCAUCAAUAUAGUAAAUCUUGGCACAAAUUUAUGAAUGAGCAACAGACUGAGCAGAAAGAUGUCAACAACCAGUUAGAAGAGAAAAAAGGAACAGCAGCGUGGGAACUUUUAACAACCGAAUGCACUUAGUUUCUGGAUCAUUUGCUGGUUCUCAAGAUGGUAUUUAUGAACACUCUAAAAUACCUCCAGAGUAAUGAAUUUCUCUUGGAUGUGGAUUUGUGGAGAAUUUUUGCAAACUUAAAGGAGUUAAACAAGAUAAGUCUCCAUUUUCUGAAGACAUUUUUUGAAACUGCAAAGAAGUAUGUCAGCAAGUCAUACUCUCCUAUGGAUUUCAGCUCCGUACUCAGAACGUUUUUCCAGGGUGACCUCUGCCAGACACAACAGAUUUGUUGCCUAAAUUAUACUUCUGCUAUCUUCUACUUGGAAAAACUAAGACAGAGAGAUUUUGGCAUCUACCUGAAGUGGUGUGAACAAAAUGAACAGUGCAAGAGGGUGCAUCUGCCAGAGCUGCUGGUUGCUCUUCUGCAUCGACUGACACGGUAUCCCCUCCUCCUCAACAUCUGGAAGAGGAGCACCAACGAAGCAGAGGAAAGUUUUAUCCAGUCACUUAAAGAGAAGGGGGAAAAGUCUAUAAGGGAUCUGGAAGGUAAAGUCAAGUGGUCUGACAACUUUCAGAAGUUCAGGCAGCUGCAAGAGGUCAUAAUCUGGCCUCAGGUCUGGGAUCAUGACAAAAGGUUCUUUGUCCCAGAGUGUUUGAAGCAAAACUUAAGAGAAAACAGCAGUGAAAACAUUUUGUCUUCAGCAAACAGACUUCUCCUUCAUGAAGGCUGACUGAUGCUAACAGAAAGCACAAGACUCCUUGACGUCUACCUCUUUUUAUUUGAAGAUUUCUUACUGAUUACCAAAAUCAAAUGUAACAAAAAGAAAUAUGGGGGCUCAGACACCAGCUUAAUCCCUGUCUGUCCUUCCCUCACUCCUGAGCUGCAGUCCUUCAUAAGAGAGGGGAGAUUUUGUACAGUCCUAGACCAGCUCAUCCCACUAGACAGACUCAUACUGAAGAAUGUUGAACCCGUCCAAGUUACAGUCUUCAGCCUGCAAAAUGCUUUUCUAAUUCAGCAUGAGAACAGGUAUCAGCAGUGCAUAGCAGUCUUCUUGCUACAAGCUCAGACAGAGACUGCCAAGAAAGCAUGGAUGUCACAGAUAGAAACAGCAAUCUCCAAUUAUACCACACAACAUGAAACCAAGAAAAGCAUGGCUUUCUGCUUCCCUGUUGAAUCUUCUGAAAUUUAA